AUGCAGACCCGUUGCAACAUGAGGGCCUCCAGCGCGCACAACUUUAAAGGUGGACUGUCCCUGUGGCUGAUUCUGUGGCUGGUAGUGGUGAAGCCGGGCGGGGUGACUGCAUGCCCCAAGCUGUGUGUGUGUUACCCUACGCCCAUGACGGUCAGCUGCCAGUCCCUGAAUCUCACCAUAGUGCCGGCUGGUGUGCCCUAUGACUCACAACGUGUUUUCCUGCAGAACAACCGCAUCACAGAGCUUCGCACGGACUCCUUUGGCUUCGAGACACAGGUGCUUUGGCUAUAUGGCAACAACAUCACAUGGAUUGAGGCCGGGGCCUUCAGUAACCUCAGGGUGCUGGAAGAGCUGGAUCUGGGCGAUAACCCCUCACUGCGGCACCUGGAAGGUGGAGCCUUCAGGGGUUUGGAGAAGCUGCAGAGCCUGCACAUGCACCGCUGCAAGCUGGCUACUCUCCCUCAUGAUCUCUUCCACAAACUGUACAGUCUGCAGUUUCUCUACCUGCAGGACAAUCAGCUACACUUUCUGCAGGAUGAUCUGUUCUCAGAUCUGGUCAAUCUCACCCAUCUCUUCCUGCAUGGAAACCGCAUCCGUGCCCUCUCUGAGAAUGUCUUCAGAGGGCUGGUCAACCUGGACCGCCUCCUUAUCCAUGACAACCGCAUCAGGCAGGUCAACCGUCGGGCUUUCCGUGACCUGGGCCGCCUGACCAUUCUUUACCUGUUCAACAACUCCCUGGCCGAGCUUCCAGGCCAGGCCAUGAAAGACACCCAGGGCAUCCAGUUCCUCCGUCUCAAUGGUAACCCCUGGUCCUGCGGCUGCGAGGCCCGUCCCCUCUGGGAGUGGUUCCGCAAGGCCCGCAUCUCCUCCUCUGAGCUCAUGUGCACCUCACCAUCCCAACGUCGUGGCCAGGACCUCAGAUUCCUCCGGGAGCUGGACUUCGCCCUCUGCCCUAUGCCUGAUCCCGGCUCCCUGGCUGGAAGCACCACAACCACCUUCAGCACCAAGACCCGCUGGUGGUUCUCCAAGCACAAGCCUGCCUCCUCAUCCAAGUCCUCAUACCAGAAGAGCACAGACACGGUGAAGGCCUUCCCCUUCGCAGCAGUCAAGCCUCAGUACCUCCCCAAAACCCACUCUGAAACCUUCUCCUCCAAAUACGAACUGUCAGAGGAUGAGGUGGCGCUCCCUAAGCUCGACCAAGAAGAAUACUGGGCCAACUACGGUAAUGAAGACGCCUCCAUCCGCUGCAUCGAUCUGGAGUGCCCCCCAGGCUACGACAAUUCAGCUUUCCCAUCCUCAUCCUCCUCCUUACCAACCAGUCUCUCCCUCCUACUCUACCUCCUCUCACUCUCCAUAGUCACAUUCUCCCUCCAUUUCCUGUUUGGCUGA